AGUUCUGUCUCUGAACUGAAGCACGGUUGCACCAUCACUGCCCUCUCUUCACCACAUUAUAUCAUUCCGUGUCCAACCGACGAGUAAUUCGUGCAGUCUUCAAACAAUUCAACAAGGAAGGAACAAUGCUGCGUCUAUCAACAGUGCUGAAACAGAUGAGGCCGGUGUCCAGGGCACUGGCCCCCCACCUCACACGCUCCUACGCCAAGGACGUGAAGUUUGGAGCUGAUGCCCGGGCUCUCAUGCUGCAAGGAGUGGACCUGCUGACAGAUGCUGUCGCCGUCACUAUGGGACCCAAGGGUCGAACUGUCAUCAUUGAGCAGAGUUGGGGCAGCCCCAAGGUUACUAAGGAUGGUGUGACUGUUGCCAAGAGCAUUGAGCUGAAGAACAAGUUCCAGAACAUUGGUGCAAGGCUGGUGCAGGAUGUAGCCAACAACACUAAUGAGGAGGCUGGAGACGGCACCACCACUGCCACUGUUCUGGCCCGUGCCAUCGCCAAGGAGGGCUUUGAUACCAUCAGCAAGGGGGCCAACCCCGUGGAGAUCCGCCGUGGCGUCAUGCUUGCCGUUGAAACGGUCAUCAAUGAGUUGAAGAGGCUGUCGAAGCCCGUCACAACUCCAGAGGAGAUUGCACAGGUUGCUACAAUCUCUGCCAAUGGAGAUGUAGAGAUUGGUACCAUAAUCUCCAACGCCAUGAAGAAAGUGGGCCGCAAGGGUGUUAUUACUGUCAAGGAUGGCAAAACUCUUCAUGAUGAGCUGGAGAUCAUUGAGGGGAUGAAGUUUGAUCGUGGGUACAUCUCCCCCUACUUCAUCAACACAGCUAAAGGUCAGAAGUGUGAGUUCCAGGAUGCUUACCUGCUGCUGAGUGAGAAGAAGAUCUCCAGUGUCCAGAGCAUUGUGCCAGCCCUGGAGAUUGCCAACCAGCACCGCAAACCUCUGGUCAUUGUGGCUGAGGAUGUGGACGGAGAGGCGCUCAGCACCCUAGUCCUCAACAGACUGAAGGUAGGGCUCCAGGUGGUAGCAGUGAAGGCCCCAGGUUUUGGAGACAACAGGAAGAACCAACUGCAUGACAUGGCUAUUGCCACCGGUGGCACUGUGUUCGGGGAUGAGGCGGUGGGCGUGGCCCUGGAGGACAUCCAGGCUCACGACUUUGGACAGGUUGGCGAGGUCUUGGUUACCAAGGACGACACCAUGCUUCUGAAGGGCAAGGGGGAUGUGGCACUCAUCGAGAAGCGCUCUCAAGAGAUCGCCGAGCUGCUGGAGAGCAGCACCAGCGACUACGAGAAGGAGAAGCUCAACGAGCGUCUGGCCAAGCUGUCCGACGGGGUGGCGGUUCUUAAGAUCGGAGGAACAAGUGAUGUGGAGGUGAACGAGAAGAAGGACCGUGUGACGGACGCCCUCAACGCCACGAGGGCAGCAGUCGAGGAGGGCAUCGUGCCCGGGGGCGGCUGCGCACUGCUGCGCUGCAUCCCUGCCCUGGACAGCAUCAAGCCUGCCAACGAAGACCAGAAGAUUGGUUUGGAGAUCAUCAGGAGAGCACUGCGUAUCCCAGCCAUGACUAUUGCCAAGAACGCUGGUGUAGAAGGUUCGCUUGUGGUGGAAAAGAUCCUGCAGGGAGGACCUGAGCUGGGCUACGAUGCUCUCAUUGGAGAAUAUGUCAACAUGGUGGAAAAGGGCAUCAUUGACCCCACUAAGGUGGUUAGGACCGCACUAAUGGAUGCUGCCGGUGUUGCCUCUCUUCUCUCCACUGCUGAGGCUGUGGUCACAGAGCUGCCCAAGGAGGAGAAGGAGAUGCCAGGCGGCGGCGGCAUGGGCGGCAUGGGCGGCAUGGGAGGCAUGGGAGGCAUGGGUGGCGGCAUGUUCUAAGUGCCCUGGCCACAGACGUGCUAUACAGACUAAUGAGCAGAUUGAAGAGGCCGGGAGGUUGACCGCUGUCCCUCCGACCUCAUCAAACCUGCUCAAACUGACUGGCCAUGAGUUUGUUGGAGCUGCAAAUGGAUGAAGAACCCCCACUACUACAAUUCAGUCUACCCCCCCUCUCCUCUGGAGGGCAGCCUGGGCUUUCCCAGCCCCUCUCCGUCCCUCCAUCUCUGACCGUGGCCUGGACUUCAACAAGCCCUGAUGAGGCCACCGCCCCCCUCCCCUCGUUUACAUCUCAACCUCAUAGCUGUCCAAUACAUCAUUAACAUUCGCACAUAGCUGCCACCUGCUCUGGUGUAGUUAAUGGUUGAAAUGCUUAUCUGUGAGAAUAAUGUAAUGCUGGUACAAAUAACAUUUAGGCAUUUCUGUGUAAUAUUAAAUCAUGAAGCCUGUCUUGCACUACUGACACUUCAUUGAGGACCUGCAGAGAAACACUUAACUUGGCAAAUAUUCUAUAUCGUUAAUAGAGGGGUGGGUUCCACUGAUUUUGGCCAGGAAUGUCACUCGAUAAUUUCUUUUCUUGUAAUGUUUUGUUAAUUUCAGUCGUGUCCUUUUUUAUAUCUGUACUGGUUCUCCCAUACUUCAGACUUCUGGGAAACCUUUUCUGUCAAUUAAACAGAUUUUCUUGCCGA